AAACAGAGACAAGUCUCUACUGUAUACUCACUCCCCCUGCACAACUUUGAACUAUGGAAGUUAUGGAAAACUCUGAUGAGGUGGACCAGUCUAAUGAGAGGGAGAGGCUGAAGAUGAGAAUUGCUGUCUUGGAGGAGAGUGUGAAGUCCUGUGAGGUGGAGUGUAAGGCCAGCAGAGAGACGGUGCUGAGGCUGGUGGCAGAGCUGGACCGAGAACGGAAAAAGGCUGUCAGCAGUGCAGCAGCACUCGAUUCACUCAAAGAGGAGUUAGACGGCCUGGUGGUGGGAAGGAGGAGCAUUGAUCUGGAGAGGGGAACCCUGAUGGAGAGGCUUGAGGCCAGCAAGAGAGUCAUAGAGGCAGCAAGGCGAGAGUCAAUUUGUUUGGAGAAACAGGUGGAGGAGCUUGAAAGAAAGCUACAGUCAAGCCAAGGAGAGACGCAGGCAGCUGAGGAGAAGCUGCAGACGUUCCUGAAAAAGGCGGCAGGCCUGCUGCAGGGGAAGUCUCAGAGUGUCAUCCUGCCCACAGAGAAAGAUGUCUUACACAAUCUGGACAACCUCUGCAAUAAGUCAUGGUCAGAGAUGGAGUCGAGGCUGUGUCAUGUCUCUGAGGAGCUGAGCGAGCAGACGGAGCUCCAGCACGGUGCACUGCAAAGGGCUCAGCUUGCAGAGCAGCAAGUCCAGGACCUAAGGGAGAGACUGCAAGGUCUGGAGACUGAGCUGCUGACAGCAGACGUGCAUCGUGACGGGCUGAGACAAAGCAAACAGCAUUAUGAAGAGUUCCUGGAACAGCUGUCAGAGUCAAUGAAGGUUGACAGUAUUGCUGUGGAUCUGGGCUUUGACAUGAGACGUAAACUUAUCAUGUCACGUGCACAGCAGCUUGUUAAACAAGAGACAGCUGCUUUGGUGGAGAGCAAAAGCCUGACCUACAGCCUACAGCGAAAAUUUAAGUCACAGAAAGACCAGCUAGAGAGCAAAGGACUCCACAUCCAGCUCCUGAGGAAGAAGGUGUCCGAGCUGGAGGAGGAGAAAAGGAGCCGAUCAGCGCUGGCUGUGGAACGAGAUGAUGCUCAUCUGGAGGCCAGGAGGCUGCAGAAGAAACUUGAGCGUCUCCAAGGCGAGCUGAGGGCUGCCAGGCUGUCCAACACUGAGCUCAAGGCCCAGCUGUCCCAUACCAAUGAGCUCAAGUUGAAAGUCAUGGAACAGAGUCAGACCAUGCAGGAGCAGGAAAAGAAGCUGAAUAAGCUGGCGGAGGGGAAGACCAAGGUGGAGAAGAAGCUGAACACAGUGAGCUCAGACCUGCAGAGCCAAGAGAAGAAGACCAGAGAGGACCAGCAGCAACUCAACACCCUCAGACAGAGCCUGGCUCAGCUGUCUGACAGGGAGAGAGAGUUGGUGGAUUUCCGUAUGGUUGUUUCCCAGAUGUUGGGUCUGGAUGCCACAGCCCCGGCUCUUUCAAAUUAUGACAUCAUCAAAUUACUGGAGACCAUUCUUCACGCUCAUCAUCACCAUCACCACCUUCAUCAUCAUGUUAACAUGCCCUGGCACUGUCCUACUCACCAGAGGUCUCAUCUUCCCCAAAUCCAGGACCUUCGUGACAGCUCAUCCUUCGAUCUUUCUACCUCUAGGUCUGCAGCUCCCCUUCAUGAAGCAUAGAUUUAUACAUCAUACUUUUGCCAAACUGCACUUAGAAUAUAAAUGUAUUAUUGUUGUCUAAAAGUAUAUGAAAACAGACCUUUUACAGAGUCAAAUAAUGUAUCCAUGUUUUCCUAUUUGUGUUUUCAGGAGAAGCUCAGUAUAAAUAUGAUUCAUUGCACAAAUAAAUGUAAAUUCACAUUUAAAAAAUCAAAUAAAAAGACAAAUAUCGACAGGAUGAGGAUUUGGCAUUCAUUGUUUUUGAUGGUCGCAUAUACAUACAUUUCUCAUAUUACCUUUUACUAUUAUAUACACGUUAAAUAGUCCUGGACUGUUAUACAUUUGAUACUGAACUGACGGUCAUACAAAAUAUACAAUAGUUCUAUAUGUCAUACUUCUCAAUCAUAAAGUCAUAUUUUAUAUCUUGUUUAAAAAAUAAAACAGCAAAAUGUAUAAAGACCAUGGGUGACUGAUGUCGAAGGUUAAACUCUUGAAAUGUUUCUGGCUUUGAUAUUAAAAACACACGACUUGGCUUAAAUGAAUCUCACAUGAAUCGAUGUAAUUCAAGUUAAAAAUGGACCGUUUCCCACAGACACAAUGAGGGAUGUCAGUAAAUAAAAGCAAAGAACUGCAUGCCAAAAUACAGGUAAAAAAAUAA